ACACCGAGUGCAUCGACUCUUCCUUCUUAUCCACGCGCUGUCAUCGAGCUUUUCAUGAACGUGACACGAAGGCGCAUCAAUUGCACCGAGGAGACACGCGUCGAACCGAGGAACGAAUACGAAAUUUCGAGCACAGGAUGUCGCUGACCAGUUGGGAAACAAUAUCCCUGAUCGCGUUCGUGGCGAUCGGGCUGAGGAUUUUAUUGAAGAUCGGCCUCACCGUGUGGAGGAAACUAAUCGCGCCCAGUUUUGGUUUCGGGAUCGACAUAGCGAAGCAGGGUAGGUGGGCCGUGGUCACCGGAGCCACCAGUGGAAUCGGAAAAGCGUACGCGGAGCAGUUCGCGGAAAAAGGCCUCGACAUCGUGCUGAUCUCUCGAUCUUUGUCGACUCUCGAGGAGGUGGCGGCGGAGAUCAAGCAACGAUACAACGUCAAAGUACGAAUCGUGGAGGCUGACUUGACCAAGGGCCAGGCUGUGUUCGAGAAAAUCGCCAAAUCCGUCGAGGAUCUCGAGAUCGCCGUGGUGGUGAACAAUGCUGGGGCGAGCUACGACCAUCCGGAAUUAUUCACCAACGUCUCGGAGGAAUGUAUAGCGAGAAUUUUGCAAUUGAACGUGGCCGCCGUGACCGGGGUGGCGAGGGCCGUUCUUCCAAAAAUGUUCGAGAGGAAAAAAGGAGUGCUUAUAAAUAUCAGUUCGGCGAUGGGGAUCAUACCUGGUCCUUACUUGAGCGUGUACGCCGCGAGCAAAGCUUACGUGGUAAAACUCAGCCGCGAUUUAGCAGCGGAAGCCGAGCGCAACAACGUCACUGUUCAAUGCAUAUUGCCUGGCGUGGUGGCGACGAAGAUGUCGAAGAUCAAGAAAGCGACAUGGAUGGCGCCAAGCGCGAAGAAGUUCGUUGAAACAUCGUUGAAGACGGUCGGCAUUGAACUGGUCACAACCGGCUACCCGCCCCACUUCUUAUUCGUUGGCUUUGUACAAGCGUUGAAUUGUAUUUGCGAAAAAGGCACGCUUUGGUUGGUCUCUAAGACAAUGUGCAACAUAAGGGCACGUGCUUUGAAAAAGAAGAGCAAAAUGGAAAAUAGUGGAAAGGAAGCGCUCACUAGCAAAUAAUCGUCGCGUUUCACGUUCCUGUUCUUUAAAUUUUCCAUUUUCAUCCUUUCCGUUCCGUACCUGUUUAGUUUUCGCUUGUUCGAUCGCCAUUUGCAACGUAAUCGAGAUCUAUUGUAGGGAGGCAAAAAUAUCGGUGCUGGAAGGUGCUAAAAUAGUGUAACAGUUGUGGACAAACAAAGUUCUGAUGUAUAUCGAUAUUAGCCAUAUAUUACAUAUUCGAAACGAUCUCAUUGUUUUUCUACAAUAUUGUAAUAAACAAGCGAAAAUACUUCCCUCGUUACAAAUAACAUCGAACAAGAACAUUCUGUCGACAAAAGUGAUACUAUGAACCUUCUUUCUUAGAUUGUUUGUUACAUUGUUUGUAUAUGUGUUAUAUUUAUAUUGAUAGGUGUUAUAAAGAGAAAUAAAAAGUAUCAUUCUUU